AUGCUUGAGGUGACCAUCGAACAGUCAAAAAAGACUGAAACAGAUGUGAUCGAACAUUUUGCAACGCAUGCGCUCGGUGGGAUCGAUAGGCAACUAGGCAAUCUCAUCAGCAUGCUCAAUCCAACUUCCCCGCUGCGAUAUCCCUUUCUCAGCAACUUCAGACAUCAACCAAUCGUCGACCUCGCUACAACGUUAAUACCGUUCAUCAAGCUACACCAAUCGUUUUACAAGAAACUAACAAAACACGGCAUCAUGAGCUGUCGAACGCUGCCGUCAUUCACUCAAAUGAAUUCUCAUCAACUCAAGUCAUUAUGUGGAUCUGCCGAACGAAUUGCUCCCCGUCUUGAAGAACUGUUGAUGUCCUUGUCCCAAGUUGAUAUGAAUGUUCGAGAUCGACCUGUUGAUAUUCAGCACAUCACUGAAGCAGUUGAACAUAUCGCCAAUAGUGUCAUUUUUUCACUGGUUUCUGUUCUGCUUUACCUUGUCCCCUUGAUCGAUAGUGUCCCGGAGAAGAAUUACUACCAGGGUUGGUUUGCUACGUGGAACGCCCAGAUCAAUAUAGCCGUUCAGAACUUUGUUCAACUUGCAGAAGACCUCCAAGAAGAGGAUGAUCUCGAAUAG